AUGAGAACAACUCGAGAUGUUAAUUAUAAACAAAAAAUUAUUUUUCUUUGUAAAUAUAAGACCAAUUUGGUACAAUUUCAUCUCAUUCGUAUUGUUUUGGGUAAUGAAGCUUGUGAUCUUGAUUCAGCUAUAAGUGCAUGUGUUUAUGCAUAUUUUCUUCAUAGCACAUGUCAAUCAAAAGAUAAAAUCCUUCAUAUACCUGUUUUAAAUACACAAUCAUCAAUAUUUCGCCUGCGUACUGAAAUACAUUGGUUUUUAAAAGAAAAUCAGUCGAAUAUGAUUUUUAUUGAUGACAUUAAUUUAAAUGAUUUACAUGAUAAAAACAAACUUGACAUAAUUCUUGUUGAUCAUCAUUGUUUAAUUUCGAAAUUCAAUGAAAUUGUAACAGAAAUAAUUGAUCAUCAUCUUGUAAAAAAGGAUUCAAUUAUGUUAAAAGAUUCAUCAAAAAUUAAAAUUGAACUUGUUGGUUCGUGUUGUACAUUAAUAGCUGAAAAAAUCCUUACAUCUAAAGCAACUUUUCAAAUGACAGACGAAAUUGCUUAUUUGUUAACUGGAAUGUCAAUUCAAGAUUUAUUACAAAAAGAUGUUAAACAGGUCAUUGGACCUAAUAUUCGUCUUGCUAUUUCUAGUCUACCAUCGGAAUGUACAGUCGAAAAACUUAUCGGACAAUUAAAAACAAUGAAAGAUAUAGAUGAAUUUUUAUCUAACAAUGAUAAUGCUGAUGGUGUAAUUAUUCUUUCACUUGAAACAAAUAAUGAUGAAACAAAACGUCAAUUAGGUUUUUAUGUUAAGAAAUAUGAACAUAUGCCUCCAAUAAAUGAAUAUAUACAACGUGAUGAGCAUAAUCUUAAUUUACGUGAACGUGGUAUACCAAUAAAUCAAGCACGUAUUAAAUUAUUUGAACAAAAAAAUGUUCAAGCAUCUCGUAAACAAAUUUUACCAUUAAUUGAACAUUUUGCAAAAGAUUUUGUACCACAAAAUUCAUCCUAA